AAGUGACUUAGAGAACAGAGCAAUCGGGCCUGGCUUGAGCAUUGAGUGGAUACCUACCGGAUGACCCAUAAGGAAGCCAACAGACAACCAAGACUGCAUGAACAGAUUUAGGACAUUUUCAGUCUCAAUUAUCAGUAGUGCACUGAAAAAGAAAUGGAUGUCUCUGGAUCAAAACAAAUACACAAAAGGAAAAUACUGCAGUUGUUUUCUUGUUUCUCUUGUACCCGAAAUCAGAAGAAACUCAAACAUAAAUCCCACGAAGUAGAAAAAAAACUCUGUAGAGAAAAUAAGGCAUUGAGAGAUGAAAACAGGGCUCUGAGAAAAGACAACAAAUUUCUCUGGGGAGAAAACAAAGCCUUGGGACGAGAGAAUAAAUCCUUUCGGAUGGACAACCAGUUCAUCAGGGAGAGGAACCGCAUCCUAAGGCAGCAGAACCAGCUACUCCGGAAGGUGAAAAGGUUGAUGUCAGAGAACCCAAAACUGUCCGGGGAAGAAUGCAAUGCCUUGAGCACAGAAGGAAAGUCUUUUUGGCAACAGAAUCGAGCCAUGGAAGCACAGAUCACAGCUCUCCGGCAGCAAGAGAAAGCCUUCCAGAAUGAGGCUAAGGCUCUGCAUGAGGAGAUCAAAUCCCUGUGUGAGGAGACCAAGGCUCUGCAACACCAGGAAAGGGCUCUCAGAAUGGAAGAGAAAGCUCUGAUGAGGGAUGGAGUGGCAGCGGAGCUGGCCGAGGCCCUGACCAAGGAGGGGGCUGCUCUGGAGAUGGAAGAACAGGCUCUGUGGAAGGAGGAGCAGGCUCUCCGGGAGGAGAACAAAGCACUGAGAGAAGAGCAUGGGGCUCUACAAGAUGAAGAAGUUGCCCUGCAGGAAGAGGCGAAAAUCCUCCAGGAGUGGAAUAGUCUUCUUCAGGGGAAGAUAACAAACAACCUCCCAGGGAAAAUGCGAAACCAAGACCCAGAGAAGUGUGGCCCAAGAAUGUAACCACGAAGUCAUGACAAUAAUUGGCUUUCCAGAACAUAAAAGUAGAAUUCGAUCGAUCGUGUAACCUUCUUGUCAGAAGCCACAGAAGUUGAUGCGCUCGAUAUUUGGUCCUGGAAACAAAAUAAAGGCCUGAGAAAUGAACUAAAA